AUGCACCUAUCAAUUAGAGCUAUCCAGGCCAUCAACAUGUUCAUCUCUUCUUGGGCCUUAGUCUUCUUGGCAGUAGGGAUUUUGGUCAAUGACUGGGUUAGAAUAAAUAUUGAGACCAGAGCAACUAUAAAAAGCCACAGCCCAUGGAUACAGAGUACUAUUUGGCCAAAAGGUGACAUGGAAGUGAUCAGAGUCCUGCUGAUUAUAGUCCUCAGCCUUUCCUACUUUUAUAACUUCUUCCUGGGAUUGGAAUUCACCUAUAUGAUUCCUCAAACGACGUGCGUCAUCUUCAUGGCUGUCUUCCUCACGUUCUUCACCGGUGUCCUUCUGCUCUCCGCACUCCUACUGUAUCACAUAAAGUUGAGGCAAGGCAAAUCCGUGUACUACUCUAAUUAUCACAUCACCUGGAACAUUUCCACGGCCUACAUUAGCAUUUUCUUCCAUUUUGCCUCUGGACUCUUCUCUCUCCUAGAGUACCAGCGGGUUAUAAAGAAUAGUGCCUCUGAAACCACCAUGGAAAUCUCUGGCCGAGACAGUGACAUGAGACAGCAGUCUGGGAGUUCUAUCCAAGUGAUUUCAUUACCAGAGCGCGGCCCCAUUCUACCUAGCAUUGUCCACACACACUCUGAUCCAUCCAAGGAAAGUCGGCUCCAGAGGGACUCACAAAUGCAAAAACGCCGAGUAACCUGGGCUAUGUAACUUGAUCAUCCAUCACUCCUACGUGCUCAUCUUAAUGAAAACCUUUUCCUGUGCCUGUUUCUGGGUGGAUGUUCAACCGUGUUGUCUGUAAAUGACUGUGACCUGGUUGACAUCUGUCAGAAAAUCCAGACUAUGGCUUUAAAAAAAAAAAAAUCCCUUACCUGCUGAACUACUUCUUUCUAUUUGAUGUCACCAUUUAAUAACAUUUGUUAAAAUGUAAUAAAUGUUGCAUAACGAA